AGUGUGGGAAUGGCAGAAAAUGAGGUCCGAACUCUAAAAGCAGCGCUUUGUGACCAGCAACACCUUCUGCAGAAGCUUUACAACGAGUUAGAUGUGGAAAGAGAAGCCUCUUCCACAGCCGCUAGCGAAGCUCUAUCAAUGAUUUUGCGCUUGCAGGGCGAAAAGGCUGCAAUGAAGAUGGAAGCGAAUCAAUACAAGAGAUUGGCAGAGGAAAAGAUGUGUCACGCGGAGGAAGCUCUAGCAAUUUUCGAAGAUCUAAUAUAUCAGAAAGAAAUGGAGAUUGCUUCUCUUGAAUACCAAGUUCAGGCUUACAAGUACAAACUAUUAAGCUUGGGAUGUAGCGAUAUUGGUGUUUGUGAAACAAAAUUUCCUGAGAAUCUGCUUCAAAGAAACGAAAACUUAGUUGGGGAAGCUCAGAACAGUUUGAGAAGAAAUUCUAUGCCUUCAAUUCAAUUCAAAAUCUCAUAUCAAAAGAAGGGUAGUGGGGAAAAAGAAAGAUCUCCAAGUCCAGAUAUCAUCGCAAAGGUAGUAGAGGAAAAUAUGAACUAUGAAGUCAGUGCUCAGAGCUCAGCUAUGGAAAAAAAGUUGGAGAAUUCUGGGGUUGGAGACAUUAAUUCGUAUUGGGAACAAAUUCGAAAGUUAGAUGAACGAGUGAGGGAGAUAGCUGAUUUCACAGGAGAUAAAUCUACAAACUUGAGGAGCGGACCAAGGUCUGGUUCAUUAGUUUCACAUUCGAGCUUGGGCUCCAUAAUGACCAAAUAUGGUCAAGUUAAACGUCAAGAAAACUUGUUAGGAAAUGAAGCCAUUGCCAAUCCCUCUUGUUCCUCGAACGUUCUUGAUGUCUUUGAAGUCCCACAGACUCAUGAGAAUGAAAAAGCUUUGAUCUUGGAAGGUAAUGAGGGGUUUGCAAAGCCAGUUUCUGUAUCACCUGAGACUGUUAAGUCGUAUGUGAAAGAUCAAACUGAUUGGGUGAAGAAAAUGUUGUCAUCCACACAACAAAAAACUAGUUCGUGUAGACCAAGCGAUUGGGUUUCUGCUGACUGCCACUUGGCGCUUCCGCCUCCUCACCCCGGAACUGGUGUUGGGGGAUCUCAUUCUAAAUUUCGACAACUUAAUAGGCCGGAGAUAAUUGAGGUUGAGAGGCACGAUGCUAGACAAGAAACAAAUGACAGAGGAGAAGAAGAAUUGAAGUUGUUGAAGGAGAUACAGCAGCAACUUAAUUCAAUAGAGUCCGAGAUAAGAAGUUUGAAUCCUAAAAAGUCCUAUCCACCAUAUGAGUUUCCCCUACUUUCUAUCUCUGAGGCAAUGCUGCACUUUUGGCUCUGACCUGGAGCUAUUAAACAGUAUCAGCUCAGACAACCAUCACUAUUCUCAACAUGUCAUUUGCCUCUAAUGCUGCUAUUUGUCAAAGCUAAUUUAAGGGAUCUGUCGUGUGAAUGAUUGUGUAAGUGUUUUGUUGGUUUUAUACUAGGAUUGGCUUGAAGAGUGAAAUAGAUUCUGACUUGAUUCGGCAUUUUUUUUUUUUGAAAUGUAUAGCGUGUAUAGAUUUUACACUUGUACAUAAAAACUGCAUGACUGGAGUUGUGUCUUCAUAGUUCAUAUAGGGUUGUGCAACAUGUGUUUCCAUAUA